AUGACAGAAAGGCGAACCUCAAUAGACAUUGACCAAGUCGACUUGCCACACUUGACACUCGAGAAUCCGCUUUCUCCGCCUCCGUCAGAAACGCCCACCAAAGGUUCAGUCGAUACCGAUGAUAAACCCCCCUCGAAUCUACUCGACAUUGUCCACACCUUGGCAGUAGCAAACAACCAGUCUUACUGCCAAUCGUCCCAUACGGCAACUAACACAAGUUCAUCGACCACAACAGCCACAACUAUCCAGUUUCGAGAAGGUGACGACCCUGACAGCAAUUCCGCGCAGAUCUUGUCAGCACCAGACGAGGAAGUAGAUGUUACCGUGGCGAAGGAGGACAUGGAUCUGUCCAACCAAGAUUCGGACUCAGUACUCCAGACCGAAGAACACGAACACAUCGACAACAGCGGAGAGUCCAUCCAGGAAGCAACAGUCCUAGGUGGCCUUUGUCUCAAACCACGUCAGGAAAGCCUUGUGCAGCACGGACCUCAGCAGCUAACUUUUCCAGUCUUGAAUGUUCCAGCCAAGCUGUUGACACCGACCGUCAGUCCGACACACAGUUAUUUGUAUCCGGAGGAUGACGAGGAUGGAGGCGAGAGAGAGUCGGUAUCGACGGUCUCAUCAGCCGAAGCGUCCACCUCCUGCCACGCUGCCCGCGUUCAAAAGGCCGAGGAUCCGGCUGCAUCUUCCUCUGAGGAAGAGAUGUGUCCAGCUAUGCCUGUCCCAAAUGGAGGGGACAGCACCAGUCUUCAUCAAACCGAGAUCUCAACGGAACGGCCCUCUGUUUCUGGACGAUUGAUUCUCCAUAUCCCUCGGCGACCUGGCAAGAAGUUUCACUUUGUCUCCCUAGCACUGCACCUGCGCCUCAAGGAAUCUAUAGCAUGGACACGCAACGACCUCUUCUCAUUUGAGGUCGAGAGUCAUCAUUGGGCUCAGACUGUUUGGGACAAGAAGAUGAUGAUACCCUUCCAGGAUCGACAGGUCGAAGAGGGGGAUGCAGAGGCCUUCGGUUCCAGGAUGGCCAAGGGAAUCUCGCCGGCAGCAGCCAUUGCGGCAGCAGCAUUGGCAGCACCACCAGGAUCGAGGUCAGCUACGGCAGCAACGUCAACAGCCCACGGAGACAACGGGGAUGUCCCAGACGCACCCCUUAUUCAAACAGUAAUACCCCAAACGGAACGCCCUGCUGUGGAAGGUCAGUGCAGCCAACACCCUCAUGUGACUGACAGGGAGCGACUGGUCGUCAAAACUGAAAGUCAUGCCGAUGCCGACACCGCAGCGACUCAGGGCAUGGUGAUGGAUGAAUGGAGAUGGGAAUGGCUUCUUCCAGUCACCAGGAACGAGGUGCGUCCAGAGAGCUUUGAAGGGUCUAUGGGGAUGGUCUGGUAUGAGCUGGAGGCCAAGUGUCUCUUUCGGUGGGACGACGUCGACAAGGAUGGCAACGUUAUUCAAAAUGACAAUACCAUUAUGGCCGCCAACGAAUCGAGUACCUUUGCAGGAACGGAUAGUAUGGACUACGGACGGUCCAGAGUGACCAAGAAUCCUUCAGGCUCUCGCAAGUUGCUCAAAGGAUUCGGAGCAUCGACAAAGAAGGCGAAAUCGAUUGCUCAGGCGUUUGGAAAGCUGCGUGUUGGAAACAAACCCAAGAGUACCACUGGGGCGGGCGACUUCAACCUAGUGUCUCUGCACGAACAGUACAUUCAAAGCAGCAUCCGCAAGACCCAGGAAGCUGCCGAAGCUGCCGGAGUAGCUAGAUUGGCAGUGACGCAGCUCGGCCAUUGUCCCGAUUCGAGACAAGGAAAACAGGCUCAAGGAGUGGCACAUCAUGACCAACAAUCGGAGAGUACUGGCAGUUCGGGACGUUCUUCAGAUGGUUCAAUAGAGGCUGCGGACCAAAAUCCUGCAGCACUCAACGGUACACCCUCUGCUCCUUGGUCCACCAUUCGAUUACCAUCCAUUCCAGAACCUAUACCAUUCCUUGCUCGCAAGACACUCAAGCUGUACUUCAACCGACCUCCGCCAAAGACAUCAUCCAACCCUGCAUUUUUUUUGCCUCAGCCAUUGAUGUCUCUGCCGACAUUGCCCAGCACUCGAAGGCUUAAGGCGAUCAUCCCAGGAGCCAGGAUCCAAGUGCAAAUCCAAGUUCCGUCGAUGAUACCUAUUCCAGGCUAUGCUCAGUCAUCACAGCUGGUGCCAAAUAACAAGACAGGAGGAUUGGUCCCGAUUAAAGGAUCCGGUAACACUUUAGCAUCGGUCUCAAGCAAUAUUUUUGGCGACAAGUUUGCGUCAGGACAUAGUCGCAGCAAUAGCAAGGACCAUCAGCAUCAACAGGACGAUUUGUACCCUCGCAGCUUCCAGGCGGCUCUUACUAUUCGCAAGGUCACUCAGCGGGACAUCAACAAUAACGAGUCUCUCCGACGGCGCUACGAGUUUGCAGAAUCUGCAAAGACACCAGUCCGCAGGUUUUCUGCCGAUCCCGACACUGCUGCAACACCUCAUGGCACCGCGAAUGAGCCGAUUUCUCAAAGUCCGAGCACAACAAGAGAUUUGAGUCACCAGACUGACGGUGAUGCAGCCUCGCCUUCUCAGUCGGCAACGGAGGAGCACGGACCAGAUGACAUGAUGGAGAUGGUGACGGCGUACCCGUGUUCAGAUGACAGGGUCGACGAGAAAGGCGGGCAGCAAGGAGCUGUUGAGGCAACCGAUCCACUAAAGCCAGUGCCGAGUAAGGGGUGGAGAAAGGAGAUUCGCGUUCGCAAGGUCAAGUGCGAGUUUUGGCAAAAAGAGAGCUGCAGGAUACCUACGGAUGAGGCACCAUCGCGCUCAAUCAAAGUACAGCUUGCUCCUGUGUACUCGUACUCCGACAAGGAUCAUGAGAAGGAGCGACAGCGUCAAGCAGCCGCUCAAAAACGCCCAUCAAUGUCCUUUGAGCCCAUAACAUCGAGUCUACUUGGCGACCUUCACCUCCAACCACUGCAGGACGAAGGAUCGUCAAGACCGCUCUCUUCUUUCCUGAAGGGGGGAUGUCGUAGCUCCGUCCAUACCUCUGAUCACUGUUCUAUGGAUUCUUUGAAACCUUGGAUUCGCCGCAAGGGAUCCACUGGCUCGAUUUCCCACUCGACUCUUCAACAACCCCUCCCCCACACCUCGCUUGAUAUGUCCCCUGCAAGGCACAAUCAGUCCAGUCAGCCGUUCAUGCUUCUUGUUCCUGUGCCUCUGGACAACCCUCGCCUGCGACAGACGUUCUCGUGGCCCUCCUCAGAGACCCCCUCGCCCUUUGCACCAUCUGCAUACGACUUUUCCUUGCUAAGAAACACUGGAGCAGAGUCUGGCGUUGGCUUUGGUUCAGAAUUUGAUUAUCCGUCUCAGCUGACGCUGUCUGAGAUGAUGGGGACCAUUAGUCGUGGCGGUGGACCCACUGCCACCACCAUCCCCAGUGGCCCCCCGGCCAAGGCGAGAAUCGAGGUGAAGCACUAUCUUAGCUUUCGUCUAUCACUUGACAUGCUUGAGUUCGAGGGUGAGCCUGAGCAGGAUGAUGUUGAUUUGGAAGCUAUCGAGGAACAGCAACUACAGGAGGCGAGGGACCGACAGGAUCUAUCGCUGGCAUUUGACCGACCUGCAAGCGGCGGCGCCUCUUCACAAUUGGGUCCAGCAGGACCAUCAUCGACCUUUACAACAGUUGUUCAACAUCAUGGAAAGGAAGGAGCACCCUCGUCGCCAGUGUCUCCCCCAAGCACCAACAACUCAUUCGGUGCCGGUUUAACAUCGGAAUACUCGACGGCACCCGCUCCAGAGCAGUUUGGCAUAGUGUAUGAGAGGCGAGGCUCGAAGGGGUCCCUAGGAACCGUCCAAAGCACGACAAGCGGCAACAGCGCCAAAAAUAUAGGAGCAGGAGGAGGGACACUCUCGACUCUUUCUCAAACCCACGCAUCCAGCGCACUGAGCAGCGGCAGUAAUAUCAGUGAUCGUGUACCGCCGACUUUGACUGGCAACAGCAGUCGCUCUGGAGGCCUUGUUGCUGGCGCCAUAGGAGCACUCAAGAAGAAAGUAUCGGCUGCAGGACUCGGGAAUAUUGUCGGGCCAUCAUCUACAUCUGCUUUUACACAGCAACAUCACUCAACAGAUCAUCGUCCGGUCGCAACUCAACGUCGAGUGACAGUGCAAAAAUUGAAGGAUUUUGUUAUCCGGGUGCCCAUCACAAUCGUCAUCCAGAUCGACGAUCGAAGCAAGGUCACCAACGCUUUCGGGAUAACAGACAACUUUACUGUCAACUCUGACAUACCAACUGGUUCUCGUUACUCUAACGAUACACCGUCAAACGUGCAGUCAGCCAAUAACGCACCAAUGUCAUCGACAAACCAGUUCAAUGGCUCCUUCAAUGUUACCACGACGGCAACAACUACAGUCAAAAACAUUGUCACUGGCUCUUCUGGCGACCGGCGACACUCAAUCGACCCUUUGGAAAGCACAGGGACCUUUGGUAGUCUUGUCAGCAUGACGGCGUCAGCAGGAUCUGAGCCAUUGCGGAAAAGAAUGGAUGACUUUGCAACAGGAUCCUCGUCACUUGCCUUUGCGGGAUUGAAGCGACAUCAGGAUCAAUCCAGUCUGGCAGCACAUCAUCAUCUCCAUCCUCUCCUACAGCAACAGCAGCAACAACGGCUCCACCAACCCCAACCAUCAUCUCAUGGACCUUCUCUUCUACCACUGACAAGCGAAUGCCUUCAACAACAUUUACGCGCCAACGACUCUCAACACGAGUAG